AUGACUGCAAAUAAUGAUGAUAAACGAACGGAAAAGCAAAAAAUGCUUGAUGGUGACUUGUAUACGGCAUUUGGCCCCGAGCUGUAUAAUGAACGUAUUCAUUGUAAAAAGCUUCUUUACGAAUACAAUUUAACUAAACCAGAUGAGCAAGAAAAACGAUCGCAAAUAAUUAAACAGUUGUUUGGUAAAGUGGGCGUAGGUCCUUUCGUUGAGCCGCCGUUCCUCUGUGAUUACGGUUAUAAUAUUGAAUGGGGUAACGAUAGUUAUGCGAAUCAUAAUUUAAUAAUAUUGGAUGUGUGCAAAGUAACAAUAGGUAAUAAUGUUUUAAUCGGUCCGGAUGUUAAACUCUAUGCUGCCACACACCCAACGGAUCCGCAGACCCGUUUAGAUGGAUACGAAUAUGGAAAGCCAAUUACAAUCGGAAAUAACGUUUGGAUUGGUGGUGGCGCAAUUAUUAAUGCGAAUGUGACGAUUGGCGACAAUUCGGUUAUUGGAUCGGGUUCAGUAGUGACUAAAAAUAUUCCAGAGAAUGUUGUUGCUGUUGGAAAUCCUUGUAAAGUGAUUAAAAAAUUGGAACCUCCUACAAGGAAAAGUGCAGCAACAGGUANAAUUUAA